AUGGGGAAUCCGGCGAAAGGCUCUAGGGACUGUGAGGCUGCUGAAUUGACCCAGGAAGACUUCGAGACGAUCUGCCUCGGCUCGGUGAACGCCCAGAGGAAUCGGCUGCUGGACUACGUGUACCCAGCCUGGACCGGCGUCAUCCAGCUGGCCAUCGUCCUUUGCUGCGUAGUAGCCGUCAUCACGCAGGUUAUGCGCACCUUCGCGGAGAACGGCCACGAUAUAUACGCAGCGAUGGAGCCCGAGGACGGCUACGGACCUGCGGACCCCGACAUCUUCGCUCGCUACCAGAAUGCGCUGCCAGGUCGCAACGUGAUCCCGUCGACGAUCAUCACAGCCGGAAGAGGAGGACGGAGAAGCCUGCGGCGCACUUCUUUGUCUGCCUGCCCUAUCAGCGGAAGCUGGCCGCCCUCUCGCUGAGCGCGGGCCAUAGAAAACGGGGCCCCGGGCUGCUACACCGCGCUAUAUUUGGCGGAUAUAUACGACUGCAACAUAUUAAAAAAGAAUGGCGCUGCAGUCGUCAA